GCCCUCCAGCGGGAGAGCCCUUCCAGCUGCGGCACUGCUGAGGCAGGGAACCUCCGCGAGAAGUGUCGCUUCCGCCGCCGCCCUUAGAGCCGGUCCCUUUCGCCAGGAGCGAGAAGAGGCUGAGGCUGGGAGAGGAGCAAAUUGCAGGGGAAGGUAGAGAUUGUGGCAAAGUUUCUAGCUGCUUCUGCGUGCUGCUGCCUCACUGGUGGGAGUGUCUGCCCGUAAGGAGCUGCAGAGCCCAAACCCAGGAGCCCUGAGGCUCCAAAAACGACUCCAGCUGCCUUUGGAGGACGAUCUGCCAGCAGUGCAAGAUUUUGCAUAUACGGCUGAGUAGAUUAUUCAGCUCUAGAAGAAAGAUUUGUCUUCAUAAAUCCCUUUGAAAGCACAAUGGAUGCAUUUUAGAGUUCUACAGAAGUCAUCUAGGAACAAGAACAUUGGACUUUGAGGAAUACCAGAGUUCAGAGAGCCCAGAAAUUGGUCACUAAUAAAGCCUCUUUGGCCAUACAGCUUGGAAAUGAAUACCAUUGAGACAGCAAAGCUUGAAGAGCACAUGGAGGGUCAGCCAAAUGAGACUUCUAAUGGCUACUCACAACCUACUCUCUCAGUCAGUGAAGAGAACAAAAAUGGCACUAGCAAACCAAAGGGCUUGUCUAAUGGCUUGCGAAAAACAGCAAAGAAGUAUCCUGAUUACAUCCAGAUUGCUAUGCCUGCUGAAUCUAGGAACAAAUUCCCUCUGGAAUGGUGGAAAACAGGCAUUGCCUUUGUCUAUGCUCUCUUCAACUUGAUUUUAACAACUGUCAUGAUCACUGUGGUCCAUGAGAGAGUACCUCCAAAGGAGCUAAGCCCUCCCUUGCCUGACAAAUUUUUUGAUUACAUUGAUCGUGUGAAAUGGGCUUUUUCUGUAUCAGAAAUAAAUGGAAUGAUACUACUUGGAUUAUGGAUAUUCCAGUGGUUGUUUCUUAGAUACAAAUCAAUAGUGGGACGCAGGUUCUUUUUUAUAAUGGGAACUUUGUAUCUAUACCGCUGUAUUACCAUGUACGUUACCACCUUACCUGUGCCUGGAAUGCAUUUUCAGUGUGCACCAAAGUUGAAUGGAGACUCUCAGGCAAAGGUUCAGAGAAUCCUGCGACUGAUUUCUGGUGGUGGUCUGUCCAUAACUGGAUCCCACAUCCUGUGUGGAGACUUCCUGUUUAGUGGACACACUGUAGUAUUAACGCUGGUCUAUCUGUUCAUCAAAGAGUAUUCACCACGGAAUUUCUGGUGGUAUCACUUGAUCUGCUGGCUGAUGAGUGCUGCUGGCAUCAUUUGUAUCCUGGUUGCUCAUGAACACUACACCGUAGAUGUCAUCAUUGCCUACUAUAUCACCACACGGCUCUUCUGGUGGUACCACUCCAUGGCUAAUGAAAAGACUUUAAAGGUGUCUUCGCAGACGAAUUUUCUCUCUCGAGCAUGGUGGUAUCCAAUAUUUUAUUUCUUCGAGAAGAAUGUGCAAGGCUCUGUUCCUUGCAGUUUUUCCUGGCCAAUAUCUUGGCCUCCCAGCUGCUUCAAAUCUUCAUGCAAAAAGUAUUCGCGGGUUCAGAAGACAGGAGAGGACAAUGAAAAAUCUACCUGAAGAAAAGAAGGAAAGCAUCUGCUCUGGUUUUUUCAUUUUUGAUUUUUUUUUUACCAAAACAUUAAUGCUGUAACCAAAGUUCUUAAGAAGACUGUAACUGAAGAAGUGGACCAAGCUUCUGUGCAAUUGAUGAAAAGACAGUUGUAGACACAUAUAUUGCAUUUCAGAUGUUUUCUUCUCAUCUGGCUGUACAGACCUAUUCUACUCUUCAGUGCUGAUGAAAAGCACCACUGAUGGGAUUUUUUUUUUUAAUUAAAGGAAAAAAUGGAGCAGGAUUGUGCUUUAUUAAUGAGAUAGAGGUGCCAAAGACCACAGUAACACUUCCAUUACUAUCACUCAUCUCUCACUCAUCCACAGAAGCACCCAAAAGUCUCCUCUUCAGAGCUCUGCAGUGCAUAAGGGCAAAAACAUGCUAACAUGUAAACGCACGAUAUUGGCAUACUGAGGUGUAUAAAAAAAUAACACAAUUGUUGGAAGUGGUUUGUUGCAUUAUUCUUGUAAUGAAGGUAAGGCCUUUGUGUGACUGGUACAGCUGGAAGCAAGUCUGGCUUUUUUACACACUGUGGGUAUGAAUAUCUUAGGACCCUAAAAUACUACUUACCACUGUUAACUCCCAUGUAUUCUACUAUAUACCAAUUUUUACAUUUUUAUUAGUAAUUUUAUAUUUAAAUAGUUGUUACCUGAUGAAUUUGCAAAUUAGAAACAGCUGCUAGCUCAAGGAGCCUAAAAUUUUAUUUUUAGUAAGAGACAGUUUCAACAUCUGAAUCUUGAAUUACGACUGGCCUUGUGUAUAUAGCUCUACAGUGCCUGUCAGUGUAUAUAGAUGCAGAUAUACACAAAAGCACAUACCUUAAACAAAAUUACUUACUGGGAAGAGUAAUCCUAGAGUUCUUGAUGCAGGCAGAAGUUGUACAGCUCUCACCUGCUUGAGGAAUGCAAGGCCAGGUCCAAAAUGGGGCUACAUUUAAAAUAAACAUUUUAAUUUUAGUAGCAAUCUCUUGCUGAAGCUAUGUAGCAGGUUUGCUUGGGAGCCAUAGUUCUCCAGUGAAUUUCUGUCUUUUACCUCUUGACACAUGUUUCUGUGACUUACUUUAAAAAAACAACCAAACAAAAAAGUGCUAAGAUAAAAUAUCUACAACAGCAGCAUUUCUUCAAUUACAACAUAACAUAAUUUCAUAUUAAAUGACACUGUGGUAGGCCUCAAAAAUAGAUUACCUUUUUUUCCCAGGGCUGCAGUCCAGCUAAAAUGGCUAUCUAAACAAGUUGGCUGAGAAUGGGGGAAACUACCAUGGGGUGAACAUGUAACAAAACCACAGAUUAACAGCUGCCUGUUUCUUGUUGGUUUGUUGUUUUGUAUUGUUGUGAAAGCAAAGUAGAAAAUUAGCACACCAUGUUUAGCCAUUUAUAUUCUGUAUUAAUUUCUGCAGUUAACUCAAUAUUAUUUUCAGAUACUCACUAAAACCUAAUGAAAAGAUAAAACUGCAUUGUGUUGAGGUGAUACUAAUAUAAAUGAAAUGCUGCAUAUUUUAAGAAUGUCUUGAACUGAGUGACAAGUGUGAACACAAUUUAAAUAAUGACAGCUUUUUAAAAAGUCCAGAGUUAGUUAUAAAAUACAGAGUAUUCAAAUAUAAUAAUUUUCAGUUAAGGGGAUCUUUUCUCUGCGUUGUAUAUGAGAAUAUUUUUGUGCAUUUCAAAUAUUUUUGUGCAUUAUCAAAAUAAUACAAUAAAAAGUGUUCCUUUCAAUACAUUUUUGGAAAAACAUAGUUAUGAAAGAAAUUCUGCUGUGGGUUGGUUGUGUUAUUUAAAAUGAGUUUAGCAGACUCUGAUAAUGUGCCCCUCAAGUUGUGUGUAUAUGGGCAUACCUGUGCUUUCAUUUGCUUGCUUCUAGCAGACCUUGAACAGCUCCAAAGCCAGUAUCAAAAAACUUUUGAAAAUCCUUUUUCUCUGUGAUACAAAUGAAUCUGUUCAACACCAGUCAGUAGAUCUCCCAAGAUACUUGUUAUAUCGGUACUACUUCAUAGGUCAUCAUUUUUAAAGCUAAAAUCUAAGCUUUGUGAUACCUUAAAUAUGGUCAUGUUAAUCCACUUGUAGUAAUGCUGUCUUUUAGGAGUUAUGAAAGGAUUUCUUUGGUAGUCACUGUGCCUUGAAAAUAGCAUGAUGAAAAGCAUUACCUAAGGAGCUUAGAGUGGUUUUCAUCUGUUGGCUGAAAAAUAAAUACUUUGACAGUGGGUUUUCUGUAGUAGAUCUGCAAAGUAGGCUUUCUUCAUGCAGGAUGAGGUGUUUGGGGUUUUCUACACUUAUUCCUGUUUCAGAAGGAAAAAAAUGUGAAAAUGAUGAAAUAGAACCAAGUAAAGACUCUGCUUUUGUUGGGCUGCAUGAGCUUUUAUUCUACUGCUGAAUUUGAUAGAGACUUCUGUUUUAGUACAACAGGAAAGUUUAAGUAGCAGCUCUAGCUCAAAAUACUUGGUUCCUGUUCUGGCUCAGUCCUCCCUUAAGUACUUAAUAUUUAUCCAUUGUAUGAAAGCUCUCAAAGGGAUAUUUGUGUGUUUAAUCAGCAGAAAGCCCCAGUUUUCUAUCCUCUCAAUAGCUUUUAAGUGCUUUUACAAACUUGGAUGGUAUAGCUGUAUUUGAUGACUCUUUAGACCUAUAUGUAAGGUGAUAAAAUGGGGUAAGUAAUGAUAUAUUCUAGUUCUUACUGUUAUAGUAAUUUAUCCAAUAUAAACCACAACUGCUGUGUAAAAAAUUACUAAUUGUAACAUCUUGGUGAUCAUUAUAUACAAAUACCACAAAGCUUAAAGUGUAGUUUCAUCAUAAGAAGCAAGAGAUUGCAGUAGGUAAAAAGGAGAAACUUGGACUUCCCUUGCAAAGUAGGUAGGAUGGGACCUACCAUCAAGUGGUUGUUGUAUUAUUUGGUCUGUAUGUGCCCAAUACUUUGCAGUGUGUCACUAAUUAUUUUUUUCUAGUUACAGUAAUAUUUCUCAGAUGUCACUUGAGCUGCCCCUUUCCUGUGACUAUAACAUGCUCCUCUCGACUGAAGAGCAUUUACAUGUUGAACUUUACAGACACUUGGUAAAAAAACCCCACUACAUUUGUGCAUAUCAGUAUGAUUUAAAUGCUGAUGGGCUUUCUUAAAAUGCCUAACAUAAAUUUAAAUCUGGAUUUUAAAUGUUAACUUGAGCAUUUAAAGAAAUGUGCUGCUAAGUGGUCAUGCUACAGAUGCUUACUCCUAAUGCCAGAAAUUGUUAACAUCUACUUGAAAGCCCUGUAAAUGGACACAUUUUCGGUACGUGCUUAGCACUCCCGUGUGGACGCAAAUGGUACUGUUAGUUAUCCUUCACUGCUCUUUUUUUGGAAAGAUCGCCACGGGUGGCGUAGUAGCAAAAAUAGCUGUGCUAAACAUUGCUAUGAACCCUAGUACGGGAUUUGCUGCCCUCCUUAAAAAAAUCUGGUUGGGAGAGAAGGAAACGAAAGAAAGUUUAUGUUAAAAUACACUACCUUCGUGUGAUAGAGAAAUAAAGCUCAGCAACAGAGACAGAACUGGGAAGUCUUAAAAGAGAUGAAAGACCAUUCUCUUAAUUGGAUUAUUGCAAAUCUGCUUACUAGGGUCUUAAAACAGAAUCUGUUCAAUCUCUGGCUUUCUCUUAUCAGUAGUAUCUCACUAGAUAGUUAAUCCUAAAUUGUUUGGUACUAACCCAAAUUCUUUUUCUCAUUUCGUUAGAUGGGGUGUUCUAGAGAGAGAUCCAUUGGCUUCAGUGCAAGAUGAAGUCUUUCCCAUUAACUUUAAAUGAAUUUUCUUGUGGCUCUAUGUUACUUUUUAUGUGUGCUUGCAGGAUUUUUUUCUUUGUUAGUGGGGUUUUGGUUUUUUUGUGGUUUUGGUUUUGUUGGUUUGGUUUGUUUUUUUUUUAAUGCGUAUACCUUGAAUCUUAAAGAUUCAUGGGCUUGUUUUGAAAAUGGGUCCAAGCUGCCAUAUGAACUGGAACCAUUUUGCCUUACUGGCAGAUGUAAUAGUUGUAAAGCUCCAUUGUCAUCUUGAUAUUUUCACAAUAUACAUGUUUGGGACUUACCUAGAACACUUUAUAUGGGCACACAAAAUUGGAUGUUUUGAGAUUGGUUUUACAAUGCCUGGAACAGAACACUUCAAUACAGAAGUGUUCAAUGUCUUAAAUUCACUUACUGAGAAUAGGGAUCUUAAAAGUAAAUACUCCUAUUAGGCAUCAUUCAAGUGGGUAUUGCUGCUUAAGUACACAUGAGAAAAAUAUCCUAGCAUGCCAUUCAAGUAACUCUGCUUAGAAGGAAGCCUUCAUGUGCCACUCUGUGAUGCUUCUUAGAAUCCAGAGACAAAUGCUGUGAAACAAAGGCAUUUGUUGUAGUAUUUAUAAGGAAAAGCAAAGAAGAUGAAAAUGCUGAAGUAGAUGGUGAUCAUAUAUUGCUUUUUUUGCAUGAAAUUGAGUUUAAACUACACCUAACUUGUUAGAAGUGUAGAUUUAAUUUGUGUAAUAGUUCUGAAAAAAAAACCCUAUAAAGAAGUAGCAAUAUUGAGCAUUCUGUGGUACAGCUGUGUGUCUGUGCUGGCUCUCAUCCGUAACUUACAACCUAAAAACAAAACCUAACCUAGUGAUAAAUGCUUGGAGAUUAAAGUACUUAAAUAUUAUUAGCAGUCUUUCAUAAGUUGUUCCUACAAGCUGUCACUAAUAGCUUCUAAAACAAGAACAAAGUGCUGCAAUGCUUAAAACAUACUGAAGCUUUUUUCUAGUUGGCUUCAGUUUCCAUGGAUUUAACCAUAAGAUUAAAUCUUAUUAACCUAGAAAUCAGCACAUUAGAAUGUCAGGCUGGAUACAGAUAGCUCAUGUAUUUCAAGGAAACUUUCCAGUUUUGAACUUGUCUUUCCUAACUAAACACUCAAUGCCUGAAUGAUUUUUAAAGAUGAAGUAACAAUACUGUGUAGUCUCUAAUGUGUAUAUGAAAUACUGGUGUUGAGGAUUCCUUCUUUCUGCUGUAAGUCAGUGAUUAAAAACCCACAAAGGUUUGAAUUAUUUUCAGUGAAAAUUUUUUAAUUGCAAAGGACUUGGUGUUGAGCAAAUAGCUAGCUGCUUUUUUUCUGUGGCACUUGGCUGUGUAUUAACCUUUAAGAUGCAAACUAGAAAGGAGGAGAAGGCAGACCACUUCUUAUUGGGAGGAGCAGUGUGUUUCCUUUUUGAAUUAAAAUUAUAUUGGCUGCAUGUUACAUGCAGUCUUAUCCGUACUACAGUUGAAAAAAGAUGCUGUAUUAUACUAUUAUAGUUAGUGUUUGCACUUUUUAAAAUUAUUCUGUAGUGGUUGACCCAGUCCUUUUGCUGGCUGAGGAGUGAGUGUUUUCGUCUUUUACUUGCUGUCUGUAUGGUGAAAUGUAACUGGUUUUAGUUCUGGUAAAUAUUAAUGAAAAAAUUGCAGAUGCCUUGGAUACAGUGCCUAAGGUGUUUUAAGGUGCCUGUGCAUGGGUUUCUUCUAGGAGAAAUAUUCUUCUUUCAAGCUGUGCCUAAAAAAUAAUAAUGUUUGCUCUUGCCUUUUCUCUCAGCAAAAUAUGAUCUUUAGGAGGUUAGCAUUUGUGACACUGCAAAGAAUUACUGCAGAAGACUCUUCUUUGUGCCAAAUGAGUUCAAUUUUUACAAAGUGUCUUUGAACUAUGUUUGAAGAUGACUUUUGGUUUCUGGUGUUUUUUUUUGUUUUUUUGGUUUUUUUUUGUUUUUGUUUUUGUUUUUGUUUAUUUUUUUUUAAUUAAGAGAAAAAGUGGUCAGAAAUGAGUCUGAAAUAGAAGCAUCUCAAGCAGUUGGGGUCAGGCACCAUGCAGGCACAUGGGUGUGGAAGGGGUUUCUCUGGGAUAAGCAAUGCUAGGUUCAGUACACAGCGGCUUCUCUAAGAAGGCAAACCAGGCUGUACUUGUACAGUACAGAUGGCUGGGGGCAUCUCUCUUUUUGAGCUUCUUUUGGACUGACAGUGAGUGCAGUGCUAAAGGUGACAAUAGGUAAAAAAAGUGAAGAUCACUUACAAAUCAAAACUAUAAAUGGGGCUGAAAAGGCAGAUCUCUGUAAAACCACUUAUCAGAGAGCUGCAUUCCAAUUCAAUGGAGCAUACAAUUGGGUGUUACUUCAGGUGUGUGAGUUGCAUUUAAGAUGAGUGGGACUGUUUGCUUUCUACUUUUUUUUUAAUUAAAGGUGGCAGGUGUGCUGAGAAUACCAAGAGGAAAUUUAUCUCCCUGCUUCCUUUUACCUCUGCCAUUGAAGUGUUUGUGCGUGAACCUUAAACAAUAUUACUGAACUCCAACCCCUCUUUACAUUUGGAGUAACUUAGCAGUGUUUUGUUACUUCUGUAAAAACUGGGUUUGCAUUCCACUUGUUUCAGUUUGUUGCCAUUCAAAAUGCUGCUUGUGCUGAAGCCUCCUGUCUAACUACAUCUGCUUCUACUGAUUGUAUUUUCUAAAUAGCUCAAUACAGAAGAGUAGAAUUUACAUUUGAGAAGGCUUCAGAAUUAAUCCUAAAGCCAAAGGCAUUCUUGUCAGACACAUCUUUGCGCAAUUUGUACUUGGUAAUAAUUUCAGGUUUUGAAACCUAACAUGCUAGGACAUAGUUCUUUUCCCUCAGGAAUCAAUUCUUGCUUCUUAAAUGUUUAGCACAUUUGUUUGUGCUUACUUUCAUGAUUCAGGAGAGCAUGUGUGAGAUGUGAAAAAGGUUCUGCUAGUUUUUGAGGUCAGGGUUGUACCAAGGAACAUGAAAGUAAAAGCAGAAACAAUGGUUUGAUGCUUGUGGUUCUCAUGCUUUCCAUGUGACUUAGAAAACUCUCACGACUUCCCUAAAAACAGUACAGGACCUCAUUUUGGCUGCAACAUGGUUUCAUCCUUGUCAGCUGACAGCUUUUCUUGCAGGACUUCUCCUAGGCUGGAUCCUAGGUAUCCAUAGCUCUUUAUGUCAAGUGCAGCUGUGUAUCCAACCUUGGAAAAACUAGGCAAGAAAAGCCAUUGGCUGCUGAGGAGCCCUCCAAGGUAGUAUGAGAAUGCUGUGUGUGUGCAUGAUAAGAAUCUGAUAAGGUGGCAUUGUUCUGUAGCUUCAGGGUCCAGUUCUGCAAACACCAUGCAGCAGACUACUGCAAUAACCAACUUGAGAAACCUUUGGUGCUCUAGUUUCUACUGAUCUUUGCAAAUUGGGUGUCAUUUUCAUAGAAAUUCUUCACAAUUAGCAAGAGUUGGCUUUUAUGUUGUCAAACUUUCAGGAUGACACUUUAUAACUGAUACUUUGUCAGGUAACUGAGUGUUAUGGUUUGCUGUGUAUGUGCAAGAGGUACUAGAGCUAGAGUUGAGGUUUGUGCUGCAAUCUGUUCACUGUGUUAAAACCCAAACCAAAACCAACUAUUGCACUAGCUGUACUUUUAAAAAAAGCAAUAAUGGGAGCAUCUUGUAGCUUUUCCCUCCAGAGGUGCUGUCUGUCAUGGUCACUUCACUGUCUGUCACUUUACCAAUUGUGAAUUCGGUAAAACAUGUUGAAGAAAUUGUCCUAUGUGUUUUACUUAUUUACUUGGCAUGUACAAGUUGAAUUUUUUUAUUGUCAGCCUGUGUACUAAUGAAUACAGGUGGACUAUUUACAUAACCACCCACAUAUUUAAAAAUCUAAAACUUUAUAUCUAUUUAUGGUGCUAAUAAUCUCAAAUAUUAUAAAGAGCUGUUAUUCUCUUAUUAAACAUGAACACUCAGGAAAGCUGCUGUGACACCUUUCAAUAAAAUAAAAUUUCUCUAUAUUUUAAGCCUGUUCCAAAUGCUUUUUAUAUAAAUACAACACUUUUCUAUUUCUGUUUUAUAUAAAAAUGGCAAAAAAUAGUACUUUAACGCAGGAAAACAUUAGGAGUGUAUAUUGUUCUAAAUUACGUGUCAAAUUCUAAAUUUUCAUAUAUUUAAGAUAGCUAAUCUUCUGAAACUGUCUAAAAUAUAAGAAUUUCACUAGGCAGGAUUAAGGGACAGGCUGGCAGUUUAAAUAAAAUAAUUCUCUGGCUUCAUCAUCACUGUUGAAGCCUUGGAGACAGAGGGAGAGGAUGUGAAGAGGACAAAGCUUUAUUAGGAGGUCACUGAUGAUAUAGUGUAGAUGUAUAUUUCACUAAAACUUUAAAAAAAACCCAAACAACUUGUGAUGGAUAUGACCAUGUAGCUGUCUAAAGAACAGAAGUGAAACAACAUAAUUGUCAAGGCAGUUCACAGUAGGACAUUAUAAAAACAUGUGAAAGAACCUUAAUCUAGAUUGUUUUUAGGUAGUGAAACAGCAAAGUAAUUUUCUAGCUUCGUUUGAAAGCUUCACAAGCAACUUUUUCUUAAUAUGAAAAACUAUCUUGUGCCUUCUGUUGCGGAAGUUAUUGUUGCCUUCCCCCCCACCUUUGUUUGUGAUUUUAUUGUAUAUAAUGGACAGCACACUUCCAGAUCUUUCCAAGAGGCAUUUUUAGGCAGCAGUACCUACACUUCCUAUCCCCAGAGAAUACAGAGCCUUUAGUUCUUGUUCAAGGCCCUUACUUGUGAGCUUACAGUUGUGAAGUAUCUGCCUGUGACAGGUGUGGAAAUCCUGCUGGGGUCAGCUCUUAGAGGAGCAUGAUGCCCUUAAUACAUGUGGACAUGUGAACAUGCAGAGUGGGUGCCAUGCCAGGUGGCACUGCAGCACACCCCUCUACUCUGAAAGGGUGGUACCCCAUGCUGCUAUGCUUCAAAUACUAGAAUAAAUUCUCUUUUAUCACUUCCACCUAGUACUUCAAGAAGUAAAGGGGCUUCUCUGAGAUCUAUUUGAUGGAACUUCUCUAUCAGUGCAAAGAAUAUUCCAGGUUCACAGUAACUUAAUUUAAAGCAGAAACAAGCCCACCACCUGGGAUAAAACCAGGGCUGGGUGGGGUUUUUGUUGUGUGAAGGUGGGUAGUCUAGUAACAAUAGUCUGGAUUGUCUUCCUACUUGUGUCCAUGCCUGCUUUUAUAGUAGGGCCCUUGGAAAAGCCAAAGAUUGAACAAAGUCAUCCAUAAUAGUCCUAAGUCACGUUGCAAUAUAAUUUUCCUAUUGUAAUUACUAGAUGUUUCAGAGAAAAAUUACUGUAUUUUUUUAAUUUACAAAAAAAGUGCAAUAUUUACAGAAUAUUAAGAGGCAAAUGGAUGCAUGUUUCAAUGCCCUGCAAAAACAAAACCUUUAUGAGCAUGUGACAUGCACUUCACCAAUGUGGGGUUUUUUUAGCUUUAGCUGCUGUGUUACAGAAACAUGUUUCAGUGCAUUAGUGUAACUCAGAACUUUCAAAUACUUUCAAUGUGCUUUUGACAAGGAGAGUGUUUUUUAUGAAUAAAGUGCCUGUGGAAGUAAAAAUCCAAAAGUUGCAUGCAAGCUCAAAUAAAGCAUGUAAAACCACAGCCCGUACUUGAAGAGAAUGGGUGCUAAGUCAGCAGCUGCAGAGAGCAGCUGGUCAACAGUCCUAAGCCUUGAUAGGACUCAAAGAUUAAGUUUGAGCAAAGAAUAUUAUGUUGCUUUUGAGAGUUUACUGUGUUAAUUAAACUUCCAGUGCUUCUGCUUGGGCCUUAACUCUGUUGGUUAUCUUUAAGGAGAAAUUAGUUCCUUUGAAUUAUUCUAUUUUUAAUGCUUUUUUCAUGAUAGUCUUUACUCUGCUGGGGAUGUUUGUUUGCUUGUUAUGUGGAGCUAUUUUUUGACCUGUUAGAAGUGGAGUCACCAAAUGCUUUGAUUACUCAGUUAGGGUUAAAAGAGUUUGAAAAAUGGUGUUUCCUUAAGUGCAGAAUUAAAGGGGGUGUGUUUUUUAUUACACUGAUGCUAGGACUGAACAGGAAGGACUUCCAUGGAAAGUACUGUAGUACUAAAGCUUGUAUAUGUAGUUAUUGGAGUAUGCAGAAUAUUAGAAAAGUGCUUGGAUAUGUUUUGCUGUUAAUUUCAUGUUUUUACAAGAGGCUAUUUGGUUCUAAUUUAAAUUGGAGAAACUGAUUUUAAUGUUGCAACAGCUAUUAUUUUAACUUGAAAUAUCUACUGGUAUGUUAGAGGAAAAGUAAUAUUUUAUCACUUAACAUUUUGAAAUUAAUCACAUUUUCAAUCAAAAUUAAUGUGCAAUUUAAUCUCUGGACAUCCUAGAAUUGGCUAUAUGCCACUGAAACCAAACUUUCAGCUGCAUACAUAGGGAAGGAAAGCAUUUUUUAAAUCUAGUUCAGCUUCUUGACUACACUGAGAAGGAAGUGGGGCUAGAUUACUCUUGUACAAAGAAAACAGACAAAAACAGUCAUGUGUUUCAGCUGUGCUGAAUACCUUAGCUUCUUAUUUUUACACUACAGAAUUUAAACUUUUCUGGAGACUCAGAUAUAAAAUAUCUUUAGUUCAGCUAAAUUUUCAUCUGUUUUUAUAUAUUUUUUCUAAUAGAUGCAUUUUAUUUGUAUACAUUGUAAUUAGCUGCUGAAUUUCUGCCAAAUAUGGAGAAAAUAAAAGCUAAAUUCAAUUCUGCCAGUCUAAAUCUGUUCUUAGUUUUUAUCUUUUGUUCACUCCAUGGCUGGUAUAAUGUCCACUUGCUGUUUAGAUUAAAGAGACAGUUGCCUUAAUUGCUCAGAGGAAAACUGACCUUGACUAUUUAAAGCUUUAUGUAUUUCUGAAAUUGCUGUAACUUCUGUAUAAUUGCAAUAAAACCUUUUUAAUGCAGUUUAGCCACUAUUUUAUGA